UGCUCCCUCCCGCCUCCACGACUUCCAUUCAACCACCCAGACCGACACUGCAUCCCUCCCGCCGACACCGUUACAACAUGUGAAGGACAGAGACGGUCAGUGAGGGUGUAAACGAGCUGCUGGUUCUUCUGGGACGAACAGUGAUUUAACGACAGAUCUUCAGACUCUCAGCGGCGGACACGAUGCGCAGCUGGUGUCUGACUCUCCAGGCGCUGCUGCUGUGCGCGCCGCUCGGGGCGCAGCAGCAGCCGCUGCUGCCCGGGUCCUGCAACUUUGAGCUGGGCACCUGUGGCUACACGUCGGACCCGCAGUUCGGCAGCUGGAGGAUGAAUGAAGAAGGACAUUUGAUAACGGUGGACUCCGCCUUCCUAGACGACCAGGAGCAGGCGGUUCUUGUCAGUCCGGUUCUGGACCAGCAUGAGUGGAGCUGUAUGAGGCUGGUGUACCAGAUCACUGGACGGGGCUCCCUGCAUCUGGACCUCAGACCAGACAGUGAUAACUUUGACUACCGGCUUUGGACGGCCAACAAAACCUCUGACAGCUGGCUCAUUGCAAGUGUGGACCUGGCCAACUCCACCAUCCCGUACCAGAUUCUGCUGGAAGGUCGACCAGAACCUGGCCCAGGGAACAGCGUGGCCAUCUUUGAAAUCCACAUUGUUCAUGGUUACUGUAUCGAGUGUGACUUUGAAGAGCAUCACCUCUGUGGCUACAGCAACAGCUGGAACCCAAAUGUCAACUGGUACGUUGGAGGGAGUGUGAUCAGAGAACCAGAGUCCAACCUGCUGGAAGACCACAGCAGCAGUAACCAGAGAGGCCACUACAUGUAUGUGGACUCCGUGUAUGCCAAGCAUUUCCAGGAAGUGGCCAAGCUGACCUCCCCCAUGACCACGGUGCCCAUGGCCGGCUGCCUGUCCUUCUAUUACCAGCGAGACCAGGAGAGGGGAAACAUCUUCUCAGUCUUCACCAGAGACCAGCUGGGCCACUACGAGGAGAUCUGGAGGCCGGGGGUAUACGUUACUGGAGGCUGGACCAUGGUCAGCGUGGACAUCAAGGCCCCCCACCCACUGGAGGUGGUGUUUGAAGUGGCCUUCAACAGCGCCAAAGGUGGAUACGUGGCCAUAGACGACAUCUCCUUCUCCCCUGAGUUCUGCCACACUGACACAGAGCCGACCUUUGACCCCUCCAUAGCCAACUGUGACUUUGAGAACGGCCUGUGUCUGUACUACGAGGAGAGAGCAGAGAUGAAGGCGUGGAGCAGAGCUUCGGUCAAACCUAAUGCCUACAGGACAGGAGACCACACCACAGGAGCAGGCUGUUUCCUCCUGGCUAACACUUGUUUAGCCUCAAGGCCCGGUUACGUGGGUCGGCUUCAUGGUCCCUUCUUACCGGGGAACCACAAAUACUGCCUGAGGUUCUACUACAUGCUGCAUGGAUUUAAAAAAGUGGAAAGUGCUCUGGCUGUUUACAUUUAUGAUGAGAACAACGUGGCCCAGGAGAAGGUAUGGAGCCUGGCUGACACGUCCAGGGCCAUGUGGACUCAGGUGGAGGUCACCUACAGGAAGCCCAUGCUUUCCAAGGUGGUGUUCGUCAGCAUAUGUAAGAACCUCUGGGAAUGUGGCCUGAUCGCCAUCGAUGACAUCACUGUCAAUGUGGGAGACUGUCAAAUCACAUCAGGCUCCCUCCCAGGCCAGUGUAACUUUGAAAGUGGAGUCUGCGGGUACACACAGGAUAAGACGGGAGACGAGGCCAACUGGCUGCGGAUCCGAGGAUACACCCCCACCUCCUACACAGGACCCAGAGGAGACCACACCACUGGGGUGGGUUACUUCAUGUACAUCGAGGCAUCACUCAUUCGUCCGGGUGAAAAAGCUCGGCUGCUGACCUCUGACCUGCGGGGCUCCUCGUCCCCUCAGUGUUUGAUCUUCCACUACCACAUGUACGGAUCAGGCACCGGCAUACUGAGCGUGCUCCUGCGCCACAGCAGCAGAGAGCGGGACGCGCUGCUGUGGAGGAGGCGUGGCGAGCACAGCGUCAGCUGGAUGAGGGCGAUGGUGGACUACCACUGUGAUGCCCGACACCAGAUUAUAUUUGAAGCCAUCCGGGGCCCAUCACUACGAAGUGACAUUGCUAUUGAUGACAUCAGUUUUAAAAGGGGACCAUGUGAAGAUCCUGGUGACAUCACUCCAUACUCAGGCUUCUCAGAGUACUUCAAUGAGAUUGAGAACUGAUGUUGAGACUGGAGGGAAGAGCUUCUGUAUAAAUGCUUGGUAGUUUUUCAGAGUGUGAAUGUGAACAAUCCACCGAGACAAUUUACAGACUUGUAGAGCAAAAGCUUAUGAUGCGGCCUGGACCUGCACCUCCCUGUUCUGCUGUCAGCCCUCACUGCCCCAGUCCAGUACCCCUCAGUGUGUCUGCUUUAAUCUUCAGUUUCAGAUCAUGGUUCAGGAUGAGACAGGACAGGAUCAUGGAAUAUUGUGUAUGUAUUAUACAUACAUAUGUCCUGACAACACACCUCAGUCUCAUGACAUUCUCAGUUACAUGCUCACAACCCAGAGUUCAUGCCUGUUGACACUAUGCACAAAAUAUCCUAUGAAUAUAUGUUUGGUCUGUCACAGUUUUGAUCCAGAGGGAACUUGUUCAACAUCCAGAUCCUGACAGUUCCACUACAGAGUCAGUCUGAGACAUAGAUAAAUAAGUGCUCCAGUGGUUCAGUAUUACAGUUCCAUAAGACUGGAGGACUGACAUGUGACACAUUAAAGAAAAAGAGUCCAAACAAAGGAGGCAGAAUGUCCUGACUUUAUCCUGCUGCGAGUCAAGCUCCAAAAACACUGAUUCCUACAGUUCCCAUGAUGCACCUCAAGAGUAUCUUUUCACUAGAUACUUGAUAAACAAUGGAGUCUUUCAAACUUAAUGAGUUUAUAUUGUAGCCUGGGAGGCAGUGAGGUGGUUUCCAUGGUUACUCUCUAACCUGCUCUGCAUCUAAAACAUCCUGACUGGGUCAUGUUCGGAGGCAACAGGUUCACACCCAGAGUCCUGUCUGUGGUUUAGACAACAGCAGCUCUUUGGUUCUGGUUCUGGUUGGUGAAAGAUGGUGGUUUUGGUUUAAUGUAAAUAAACAGGUUGUGUCUGAAGUCACUGAACUUUUUCUAUAGGAGAACCAACCAGGAUCUUUCUCUAACCGGAACCAAAUCCUGUUCCACCCAGAUAUGUAACAUUAAAUGGAACAUCUAACAGAAAACUUAACCUGGUUACAGUCAAGUUUCCUUCUGAACGUAUUUACUGUCACUGAGUAGCUGUAUAUAAACCUAAUUUCUAGGAGGUGGGGCUGCAGAAGAGUGUGACUUUUUUGAGGGGGGUGUCAAUCAGAAAACAUGUUUGAUAUGCUUAAUAAAAAACAAUGGCAUAUACUUAUAAAAAUGAACAGGACAGAAAAGUUUGUCUGUAAUAACUUGUUUUAAAUAAAAUCCUGGUUGUCCCUGCAGUCCUUGACAACAGCAAACAGUGAACAACAAACUGCAGCUGCUGGAUCAGCAGUAUUAACUAUGAUGUAGGUGACGGGUGAUUUUGAAGAUAUUGUAACAAACUCACUUUAGUUUAAAGAAGAGCUCUUUUUCUUUAUUUUUAGUCUAGUGAUUUAACAGACACUUAAUGAAAAUGAAAAUCCUAGACAUGCCACUUUAUUGAACACACAUUUGUAGUAAAGGCCACUGACUGAUAAAACGUGCAGCAUUUCACUGCAGACGUCAAAGGACCUGAGCCUCCUGAGGAUAAAGAGCCGGCUCUGCCUCUUCAGGUAGAUGGCAUCUGUGUUCAGGCACCAGUCCAGUUUACUGUCCAGGUGCACACCUAGGUAUUUAUAAGUGUGCAUGACUUCACUGUCCUACCCUUGAAUAUUGACUGGCUCCAUUCACUGAAGGCCAUCAUCAGAUCCUUGUACUCCUCUUCCUGCCCAUUCCUGAUUCGCGCCACAACAGCUGUGUCAUCCGAGUAUUUCUGGAUGUGGCAUGGUUAAAAUCCCCCAAAAUUGCAAUGAAUUUAUAUGAAAUUUUGUCAUAAUUGCUGUGCUGUGUCAAAUAGAAAUUGACUUAACUUGAGGAAUCAGAUGAUCUGUAUCUGAUUUUCUGACAGGUAAAGAAAAAUAGAAUAAACCAUGUAGGAAUUGAUGAAUUAGAUGUUUAAUAAUUGACUCCAUCCCAGAGAGGGAAAAGUAAAACUGAUUAUCAUCUGUUCAGCUCAGGGAGGUGGUGGAGGAUCAGUGCACUCGAAGAUUCAGAGCUGGAAACUGUAUGAAGACACAAAUACUUCUGUAUGCUGGUGCAUAGUGUCACUGGGGCCUGUAGAGGAACCAGAACAGACAGAGCACACAGUGAAACCAUGACAACAUGAAUCACAGGCAGUACACUUUCGCUUGGGCUGUAUCCUCCACUGUCUCUGCAGCCUGCAACAUGAGCACUGGGCAUUCAGAGGAUCUGACAGGCCUAAUAAACCUUUGUUAUAAUAAUCCUCUGAUCCACUGUAUCCUUCUCUUCUGUAUAUACAUAUAUAUAUAUAAGUAUCUGGAGCUUCAGGGGGCACAUGGGAAAUGCACAGCUAUUUUCAAAGCCAGUUAGUUAUUCUGAUAUUUGUUGCAUAUGUCAUCACUGACUUUAUCCCAGAUUAUUUUUUCCUCAGUUAAUUCCACUGUGACAAAGGAUCUGAGUCAAGCUUCAGACUCUUACAGACUUUUCCUCGUAGAUCCUGUAUCACCUGUAUCCGUUGAAGGUGCCGGAAACCUUCCUAUGCCAACUCAUUCCUGCCAAACCUGCUGCAAACACCUGAGUGCUCUGCUGUGUAUUAGCUGUUCACCACUGCUGAGGUCUGAACCAGACUCCACUGACCUCUGUCACGACUGUUUCUGAGAUGUUUAUUUUAGGCAACGACAAAAUGAUUGAUCACACUUUAAGAAUCAUUCCACUUUACUGCAACCUGUGUUGUUUUAUACAGUAUGUUUAUAUUUCCCAUGACACUGCAAUAAAUAGUCUGAGUCAUCA